AUGACAUCCUGGCAUACGUAUACUAAGGCACAUAUACCAGUCACGAAAAUAACUGCAUGGCAUAUCGACCCAACAAUCGAAAGCUAUAACAAUAUGAGCCAGGCCUGGAGGCCAACAAAAAUUCAGAUUUUGCGGAAGCAUCCUGCCGUUAUUGAUUGGAUUCCAUGGCCAUCGAUCCGGGAUAAACUGAUCACCUAUCACGCUGCUAAUCCUCUGAUUGACAAUGUCAUUUGCGCCAUCGGACAUUCAUACGUCAUGGAAAUUGACCUUUCCAAACUUAUAGCCAACAUCCCUCCUACGCCAGGGUAUGUGUCCGUCUGGGAUCUCAUUCAGGCAAUCUCGCCGGAAACAUCGAAUAAAAAUACAAAAGCAAGCAAAGAUAUCAACUUGAAUACUUGGAACGGUUUAAUUGGCCCGAGAGUUUCCGCAGAUGAAAGUACUCAAUUUCAACAGAAUGACGAAUCUUUCGGGCUGCGUCUUCCUGCCCCCGAUACCAAUACUUUGUUCGGCUCCCACUCAAUGGCCUUGCAGGCUUUCAAGCUGCUAGGCAUGGACAAAGGAGCGUCGCUAUUUCGUCUAGCCCCAGCCUUCUUUGAAACUCAUCCGGAAAUGUAUGAUCAUCGAGAUAACAUCAUGGCCAGCGGAGUUCAUCUCAAGUCGCCCUACAGCGAUACGAUGAUUUCGCCCCGACCUUUGGAUGUUUCGGUUUCAACGCAGUACAAGCAAUUAUCAUCGUGGACUGUAGAUCUCCUAGUAGAAGGGACAUUGCCUGUGCCUCGAUUACAUCUGGACAGCGAUUGA